GCCAAUAAGGGAGGCGCGUCGGGUUUCAGUGGACUGCGGGAAACGUGCUCUUUUUCAGCCUCCGUGUAUAGCUUCUUUCGGCGCCUGCAUGGACCGACCUCGGCGAUGGAGAGCUGUGCGGGAGCUGCUGCGCUGCUUUUACGCGGAAGUGCUGCCCCUGGAAGUCUUUGUGCGGCGCCUGCAGACGCGAACUCUUGCAACUGACCAACCGCAGCCUCUCGUGCAGGACGGGGAUCUCGGGAGCUACCGUAGCCUGGUCGCCCAGUGUUUGGUGGGGCGGCUGGCUUCGUGCAAGGCCCUCCCUGCCUAUUUCAGCUUCCAGCAGGUUUCCAGUCAGAACGAUGUCGUUACAAGAAUCAUUCAGAGAAUUUGUCAAAAGGAGAAAAAAAAUGUGUUGACAUUUGGUUAUGACCUAUUGAAUGAAAAUAACCACCAGUUGCCUUGUAUGCCAAAUAUUAGUAACUAUAUGCGUAAUAAUUCGACAGAAACUAUUCAACAUAAUGUGCUCUGGGAGAUCAUUCUGAACAGAGUUGGGGAUGACAUCAUGAUGUAUAUAUUAGAACAUUGUGCUCUGUUUAUCCUUGUGCCUCCCAGCUGCUGUUACCAAAUUUGUGGAGAGCCCAUCUAUAAGCUUCCUUCAAGAAAUGCAACACAGCCUCCAAAGUUUCUUAGGCAGAGGGUUCCUGGGCGUUCACCUUGUAUCUUAACAAAUUAUAUCCAUAAAAAGUUUCAAUCUUCUACAUGGCAUCCCAGAAAAACAAAGUGGAGGAAAUGGAAUUCUGAAAGGCAGAAACGGAAUGAAACACAACAACAGCACAAUUGGCAAUCUUCAGUAACUGAAAGUGCUUCUGGCCAAAACCCUACAAAGAAAAGGCAAAUUAUGAGAACCGGUGACUACAUAAAAAAGCAACAAACCCCCCCUCUUAGCCCAUCAUUAAGAACACAGCGUUUAAAAAGGAAGAGGACAGACCAAUGCGAUAUUAAUGCCAAGAAAAUAAAAAUUGUGAUAAAGGAGGACAAUGUAGAAAAAGAAACAAGAAACCCUGAUUCUAUAAAAAACCCAAAUCAGUUGAUUUUAGAUUGUGAUGAACCUGAGGCUUCUGUGGCAUGUAUACAAUCGUGUUCAAAAGGAUUAACUCUUACGAACUCUGUUCCUCAGAGCGGUGGAGUACCUAGUGCAGCUAAUGACAAUCAAGGGGCUUUGGUGUGUGAAAAGCAAGACAAAAGCAAAACUAAAACAUUUUGUAAGUCCAAUCUACAACCAACAUGUAAUGCUAAGCUGCCAAAGCUGGUAACUAGAAUCCCUGGUGUUGGUUCUGUACAGACGGGGCCUGCAAAAAAAGUCCUGCCAGAAAAAGAUCUUGAAAUUUGCUCAUCUAAAUCUGUCAGGAAGCCUGACAGAUUUAGCAUUCCUGUAGUGCAUAUCGAGAGACGUUCUCUCUUAUAUUGCUACCAGCGUUUGAAAGAGUGUUUACCUAAGUCAUUCGUAUUAAAUCACUUGAAGGGCCAUCCAGCAGGAGGGCGAUGCUUAGUAGAACAAGUAUUCUUUGGCAGUAAGAUUCUGAAGCAGUCUGGUAGUUCUGGCUUUCAAAGUGGUCCCAAGAAAAAGAAGAGGCUUCCAAAACGCUAUUGGCAGAUGAGAAGUGUCUUCCAAGAACUCUUACAGAACCAUGCAAAGUGUCCUUACCAAGCAAUAUUAAAAAGGAAUUGUCCCGUUUCCGUUUCUGAACCAGAUAAGAUAAGCCUAGGGGAGCAGAGUUUCAAACAAAAUGGUCACCAAGUAGAGCAAAUUUCAUCAAGGAGGCAGCAGGACAAUCCAGUAGAAGGUUGCAUCGCAAGCAGGUCAGAUGCCUUGAAUCUAUUUUCAGAAAUGGAUGCUUCAAGCAGAAACUCUGAAAGAACUGAAUUAUUUGAAAAAAAGGCUAAGGAACAGGUCCGAGAUUCCUCCAGUUCUGACUUCAUAGUGUUGCUGAAGCAGUACAGCAGCCACUGGCAAGUGUAUACUUUUGUGAGGGAAUGCUUAGAGAGAGUGGUGCCUCCUGCACUUUGGGGUUCAAACCACAACAAGUGCCGCUUCUACAGAAAUGUGAAGAAGUUUAUCUCCCUGGGGAAGUUUGGAUUGUUUUCUUUGGAGGAAUUGACAUGGAAAAUGAGAGUGAGUGAUUGUGCUUGGCUUCGUCUCACCAAAGAAAGUGGCCAUUCUGUUCCUGCCUCUGAACAUCGUUUUCGGGAAGAGCUGAUGUCUAAAUUCCUGUACUGGAUGAUGGAUUGCUAUGUUUCAGAGCUCCUUCGAUCUUUCUUCUAUAUCACGGAGACAGCAUUUCAAAAAAAUUUACUUUUUUUCUUCCGAAAGUCUAUUUGGAGCAAAUUACAGAACAUUGGAAUCAGGAGCCAUCUGGCCAAAGUGCAGCUUCGGCUUUUAUGUAAGGAAGAAAUUAAAAAUUUGCAGCAGAGAAAGUAUGUUCCUCCAGCAUCAAAACUCCGAUUCAUCCCCAAACCAAAUGGGUUGAGGCCUGUGGUCAAGCUGAAUGGUGUGGUAGGAGCAGAAACAUGCCACAAAAGCGGAGACAAAAAGGCUCAACACUUCAACACGCAACUUAAAAAUGUAUUUAAUGUUCUUAAAUAUGAACAACUGGAGAACCCUGCUUUGCUUGGCUCAACUGUGUGUGGAAAGGAUGACAUAUAUCCAAUAUGGAAGAAGUUUGUUUCAAGGGUUUUGGAAUCAUAUGCUGAAAUGCCUAAAUUCUACUUUGUGAAGACUGAUGUCACCGGAGCUUAUGACAGUCUUCCCCAUGAUAAACUGGUAGAAGUGAUUUUACAGAUUCUUGCACCAGACAGAAAUACCACGUACAGCCUACGACAGUAUGCAGCAAUCAUCAGGACUGGAAAUGGAUGUAUUAAAAAAUGUUACAAAACACACGUCUCAACUUACAAUGAGUUUAUAUAUGGAAUGAAACAGUUUGUAUCUCAUCUUCAACAGAGCACUUCACUGAGAAAUGCUAUAAUUGUUGAACAGCAUGUUUCUCUGACGGAAGAAAGUUCUAGCCUCCGGGAGUUUUUCUUGCAGUUGAUCCCUAAUAAUAUCCUGAAGAUUGAGGACAGGUACUAUGUGCAGUGCUGUGGAAUUCCCCAGGGCUCCAUUUUAUCAACUCUACUUUGCAACCUUUGCUAUGGAGACAUGGAGAACAAGUUACUGUGCAAUGUGCAAAAGGACGGAGUACUGAUGCGUUUAACAGAUGAUUUUCUGCUCGUUACACCUCAUUUAGAACAAGCAAAAACAUUUCUGAGGAUUCUAGCCAAAGGCAUUCCAGAGUAUGGCUUUGUUUUAAGUCCAUCUAAGACUGUGGUGAAUUUUCCUGUGGAUGAAAACGUUCCACGUAGCUUGGAGUUCAAACAAUUACCAGCUCACUGUGUUAUCCCAUGGUGUGGAUUAUUAAUUAAUACACAGACUCUUGAAAUUUAUUAUGAUUACUCCAGUUAUGCUUACAGAUCUAUCAGGUCAAGCCUGUCUUUCAACUAUACUAGAACAGCUGGUGUGAACAUGAGAAAUAAAUUGCUUACAGUCCUGCAGCUUAAAUGUCAUCCUUUAUUGGUAGAUUUACAGAUCAAUAGCCUUAGGACAGUGUACAUUAAUAUUUACAAGAUACUACUUCUGCAGGCCUACAGAUUUCAUGCCUGUGUUCUCCAGCUCCCAUUUCAUCACCAUAUCAGAAAUAACCCACGUUUCUUCCUGACGGUUAUCUCCGAUAGUGCUUCAUUCUGCUUCUUUUUUCUGAAAACUAAAAAUGCAGGUAGCUCAGUUCCACAUUCUUACAAAGCAGUUCAGUGGCUCUCCUUCCAUGCCUUCAGCACUAAAUUGGGAAAUCACAAGGUGAUUUACAAGUGUCUUGUUGGACCUCUCAAACAGUGUAAAUUACGGUUGACUCGGCAAAUUCCAGAAACUACCAUGCAACUGCUUACUGAAGUGAUAAACCCAUCAUUAUAUGAAGAUUUCAAAGCCAUCCUGGAUUAGCUCUAUAAAGCAACAUUCUUCACAUUUGCCUUCCACUUGCUUAAUUUUUUUGCCCAUGUGAGAUUUUUUUUCUACCAAGGAUUUGGAAAUGCAACAAGUUAAUUUUUUUUUAAGCUUUGCCUUGCUUCUAGUGAAACAUACAAUGUUAUUAUUGGCGGUGAAUUGUAAAAUACUUGCCCCAUCCUUUGGAAAGAAAGCCCCAAACAAGUGUUCUUGAUAAGUAGUUCACAGCAAGAACAUUGCAUGAUAUUAUAGCCCAACUGGAUGUAGGCUUAAUUUUGUGGAUUACUGAGAGAUUAAGACAAUUUAGGCAAUAGUUUUAUAUCAUCAACAAGUAUGUUUUUCACAAAAUAAUUUUAAAAAUUUAUCUAAUUAGAACUGGUUGGGUUUUGUUUGUUUGUUUGUUUUCAUUUUUAAUAAGAAAAAAAAUAGUGUAAUCCAGGAGUGGUAAACCAGCUAUCUCUUCUGGUGUAAUGCCCAAAUUGUAAUGUACGAUUGUCAAAAACUAUAUUCCCUCCUCUAAAACCUCAUCAGAAUAAUACUAAAUGUUACAUGGUAUAAUGAGCAGUAUUGAAACCAAGUUGCUUCCCUUAAAUUCUGAUGAAUAACCCUGCUGGAGUAUGCACUCAAGCAUACAGAUUCGAGAUACAGCUGUAGUUUUAUUGCUGACAUUAAGACUACAUCAGAAAAAUCAUCUUUUUUCCUACAGUGCUGACAUAAUAAGGAGCUCCACUGCCAGGCUAAUUGCUAAAGAAGAUGUAGAACUCUAUGGGUGCUUACUGUCCUAUUCUUCAUAAUAAGUAAUCUCUAGGACUAAAUAAUCCAUCUCAAAGUAAUUGAUGUACUGUAGUUCUGGCUAGAUUGCCAUAUAAAAUUCUGUUUCAACCCA